UAUUGAAUGAAUAAAUCUAAAUUUAUCCUAAUCAGACAUGCAGAAUCUGAAUAUAACCUUGCUGCUAGACUUGCUGUGAAUUCAUUAAAUGAAGUAACAAAUUUUAAAGAAGAAUCACUAAAAAUAAAAUAAGAUGAGAGUCUAAUUGAUUGUGGAUUGACAUAAUAUGGUAUUCAAUAAUGUUUAGAAUCUACAACAAAAAUGUCAUAAAUAAAAGUAGAUAUAGUACUUGUUUCACCAUUAAGAAGGGCAAUAUAGACAGCACACUAUUUAUUUAGAGAUCAUCCUAAUAAACCUAAAUUUAUUGUAGUACCAUUUUUAAGAGAAAUGUUAUCAUCCUCAUGUGAUAUUGGUGGUAAUUUAACAAGUACAAUGAAUGAAUAUCCUCAAUUUGAUUACAGCAGAAUCUUGAAUACAGAAUUUUUAUAAUAAUAUCCAAAUAUGUGGACUAUGGAAUAUCUUUAGAAUCAAGAUUAAAAAUAAUUAAUGAAGGAAUAUAUUUAAUAAUAAUCAUGUGAUGAUUUAAGUAAAAUUAUAAUAAUAAACUUUAGAUUAAAGAGGACCAAAAUUCAUAUUAGAUUACUUAUUCUAAUAUCCACCAGAUUCUGUAGUUGAAACCUUUAUGGAUACAAUGAAUAGGAUUUAAUAAGCAAAAAUAGAAUUAUCAUUUUAUAGAAACUAAAAUGUAGUAUGCGUAACACAUUCUAGAUUUUUAUAAACAAUUUCAGCUACUUAAUUUGAUGCUGAAGGUAAACCAAAAGAUGGAACAUGGAUUAAAAAUUGUGAUUACAUUGAAGUUGAUAUAUGACUUCAUUUAAAAUUAAUUUUAUAUUUAACAUUUAUUUUAAU